AUGGUAUAUGAUCCCAAUAUGCCAAGACGUACCUCGCUUGGGGACGCUUUGGCUUUGAUGGCUGAAUACGUGUUAGACAUCAUGCAACCAUACCCCGGCGAUAGUAACGCAAUGGGCGAUGGAGGCGUCCGUCAGUGGUUUAGCGUCUAUCAGACCAGUAAUCCUGAUUGGUAUUGUAUCAAUGAUUACCUGAAUCUAAAUGGUUGUGUGAUACGUACCUCGAACCUGGAAAACUCUCACUUCUGA